AAUACAUUAUAUAUCUCGUUUAGACUUUCCCAUUUGUCAGAGGACUGGGAAAUCCUGUUUCAAUUGGCAAUGUUUCCAAAGAUGCCCCACGUGGGUUGUCCCAGCCUGGGGUUUGGUUCUCGGUCCAAUAUUCAGCUCGAGCCCUGCGCCGCCAUCACACCUCUUUACAUUUCUGCCUGGAGAGUUCUCUUCAAUCGAAUUUUUCUCAACACUUUCUUGAAUCUCACCAACUCAGUCAUCACUUACGGGUCUUAUAGGAGUGUGUCCGUGGAGAAAAACGCUUCUUUGGCAUCAUUGAUUCUGCUGAUACAUCUCCGGUAUCUCGACACCAUAGAAACGGCACCGUACGUACACGUUGAGAGGAUUCCACGCCUUGGACCCUUCACUCCAACACAUUCCGACCCCAAAUCCUGAAUGAAACCAUCAACUUAUGAACCCAACCACCUGUCCCAACAAGAUAUCCUCUAAAUAUAUGUUCACAGUACACGAAUUUACAGACGUUGUGCUGAGAAGACCCUGCCAAGAGAUUCGGAUCUUAUCCCUACCAACAAAAGUAUGGACUCGCUCAACAUGCAGGCACUGAACCACGACAGAUAUAACGAUGCGACAUCUGACAUCUCAGGCCCUGCUUCUCCCACCGCAGAAUCGUUUGGGGAGCCUCAACCAUCUUACGAUAGCGCAGAGGAUUAUCUAGACUCUGAUCUUGAGGAUGAUCUUAUUAAACCGACAUCUGGCAGGAAGACAUCGUGGUGGAGUUCGUCGCGAAGAAAGUACGGUGCGAAGAACAACGGCAGUGGUGCCGCCUUGUACUUGAAUAGAAAGCGGAGAAGUUGCUGGUACAGCUUCUGUAUUUUCGGUAGCAUAAGUGGCUUGGGGAUCGUGUAAGUCGUCGCCCUCUCUCUCUCCUUAUACAAACGGCGACUGACAUCAUGAAUGCAGUGCAAUUCUUCUCUUCGUAAAUCUUGCACUCGGUGCUAUAACACUAUACUGGUACGUGGACGUCGACAAGACACUACAAUAUUGGGGACAACCUGGAUCGGGGACGGAAGGGAUGUCAUGGUAUCCAACCGAUUUCACACGAGACAUCGUACCUAUACCAUGCCAUUCGCAUAACGAUUACUGGCGAAAGGUGCCAUUAUUUUCAGCUCUGCGAGCCGGAUUUACUGGCGUCGAAGCAGAUGUCUGGCUCUUUGAUGACGAUUUAUACGUAGGCCAUAAUACCGCAUCAUUGACACGAAAUCGAACCUUUCAAUCUUUAUAUAUUGAUCCCCUAGUCAAGGUUUUGGAACGUCAAAAUCCGAAAACGGAUUUUUAUAACGGAACGGAACAUGGAGUCUUUGAUACAGAUUCGGAAAAGUCCUUGGUUUUGUUGGUGGAUGUCAAGACUGCUGGUCCUGAGACUUGGCCAUGGGUUCUCAAGCAGCUGGAACCGCUGAGAAAAAGGGGCUGGUUAUCUUUUGUUGAGGACAACAUCCUGCAUACUCGCCCUGUUACCGUCGUUGGAACUGGUAACACACCCUUUGAUGUGCUUACUGCCAACUCGACAUAUCGAGAUGCAUUCUUCGAUGCGCCACUUUCCACAAUGCAUGCGAAUGAUGGGCAAGAGGCUAAGCCAUCGGGGUCAGAAGCCCUAAAGGAUGCAGGCCAAGGGUUAUCAGGGGUUACAGCAGAUUCGGAAUUCAACGAAUUGAAUUCGUAUUAUGCAUCUGUAUCGUUUGGAUCAGCCGUUGGGCGGAUUUGGGGAUCGAAACUGAGCCCCAAGCAGAUGGAAGUUAUCAGAGGUCAGAUCAAAGGUGCACAUAGCAGAGGACUGAAAGUAAGAUAUUGGGAUCUUCCAAGUUGGCCUGUCAGCCUUCGAAACUACGUUUGGGGUGUUUUGGUAGAAGAGGGAGUUGACAUGUUGAAUGUUGAUGAUUUGAGGGCAGCUAGCAAGUUGUCUUGGUAACUUUGGCUCUGGGAAGGAAGAAACUGGGGAUUUGGAGUAUAUACGUGGCUUGGGAACUCUCUUCUGCAUUGGAUGGAAAGGCGUUUUGGGGGAUUUACGCCACUGGCUUAAGGCUAUGCAUGCAUUAUAGGAGUUCAUAGAUCAUUGGAUAGGUUUGAAUUGGGUUUCUACCGAAUUGGGUUUCUACCAUGGAGCUGUGAAUAGCUAGGUGUAGGUCACCUAUUGAACAGUAUGACGUAUAUUUACUACAAUUCAAACACUCCGUAUUGUCCCGUAUCCCAUGCUAGGUAGUGAAUGUUGGAUUGCACAUACAGGCACCUCCGGCUGGCAGGCGCAACCCAAUCAUGUGACAUCUCAGGCCACGCCCCGAUCCCCGAGGCCAGGCCGACAUAACCCCCACUUCAAUUCCGCGCUGCGUCAAGCCACCCCGCCAAAAGAUCUUCCGCAAUCUCCUCUACAAAAAAUUCACGAUCUCGACAACUUGCUCCUGACAACCACCGCAACUCUCAUCCUUGCGCGCUACUCGAUACAAAAAACAGAAACACACAUUUCGUCAUUCGAGGAUGAUAGCAACUUCGUUUACGCGAUGGCGAAUUCUGGAGAAGAUCUGAUCACUUGGGUCUUGCGUACCAUUGCAUCGACAGGCGACGAAGGUCAGUUUUCGCGAACCCGUACCUCCCAAUUCAUGUUCCCCGCGGGUCAAUACUCAAGCUUCUAUUUGACGGAAUUGGUCUUGAUGGGGCGUCCGCAAGAAAUGCGGUUGAACACUCAUCUGGCGGAGUGGUCGAGUCACCUUCAAUCAGAGCUCGACAGAGCUCCCCGCACUGGCCUGCAGCUUGGGAGGAGGGUUUAUGUCACGCCCCUCAUUCGUUCCACGAAUAAAUGUGGAGAAAUAUCGCUAACACAUUCGCUAAACAGGAAUUGCUAUUGAGGACUUGUUUGAGCUUGUUACGAGUUGUGCCGAUAUCGAUCAUGAUAGCAAUGAAGUAUGGCAAGAGCUUCUUCGUCGUCCCGAGGUCGUUGUUGAACCCGGCAAAUCUGGAGAGAACUUGGGACAGUUGGUUUUGACGGAUCUCCUCGCUUCUGAUCAUGGUCGAAGUAUCAUCAAGGCUCCUUUAGCUGUUCCACCUGCCCCUGAUUUGGCUGCUCAACCACAAAAGAGCAAAAAGAAAGGUCGACCAAAGUUGCCAAGGGCCGCAGAUGGAUCAAUCAUCAGAAAUCUCGGACUACCCAAACCUGCACUUAUGACUUCCGGCGACAUCUUACUCUCAUCCCCAGCCGCCACAGCAACUGGACCCGGGCGCAGAGCUCGCAAACCACCACCAUCUAUUUACGAGGAAAUUGGACAUACCACCUUGGUUCCCGAUUCAGUUCUCGUUGACAGACGUCCUUAUAGCACAAGAAGACACGAAGCAGUGUACACGAGUUAUGAAGAACUUCAACGUCAGGCCGGCGUCCCGGGCGUAUAUUUCGAAGAAAAGGUAUCAGACGAAAGACGAAAGGGUAUUAAGCAAAAGAUCAAGGAGGCGAAAAUCAGUAAGCAUACAAAUCACCAGCCCGCUUCGUCUCAUGUUUUAGUCUUCAAAUCAGGCAAUUUAAAAGACCCACAUUGGCUCGUUGCAAAUACUGGAACUUGGGUGGAGCCGUUCUCUGCUGCAAUUGCGGCCGCUACCCUGGAAGCCGAGAACGAGCAAGAACGUAAGAGACAAAAGAACAAAAGCACCGCUGUCAAAAACAAUUCCUCGACUCAAAAUGCGAAGAACUUUGGUGGAGCUGAUGACCCUGGAACUGUCAUAGACCCUUUACUUCUUGCCUCGGCCACAUUGGGAGGUGAUACACCAAUGGGAGAAAGUGUUUCUGCUGGUAGCAAUUUACCUUCCCCACAAGCCAAACCCUCAACGCCAAACGAGCAGCACGAACAGAGUCCUGGCACGCCGGGUGGCGUUGCAGUUCAGACCACCAAUCUAGCCAUGCUCAACGGGCCAUAUCAAAAACCAGUCACUGCAAUUUCACAUUCCAUGCAACCCCCUGCAUUGUCUACUCAGAAAUCACUUGAGUCAACUAUCAUAGUCGAUACAAUUGUACAGCCAACUUCAGAGAUCACCCCCAAGCCCAAGCGAAAAUACGUCAAGAAGGCUCAGAAAGCCCAAAUGGAAGCUCUGGCAAACACAUCCACCACACCAAAUAACGGGAAGACACGAGGACGAAAGAGCGACGCAGCCGUCGGUCAACUUUCAAUUGGAGAAUCCAGCACACCCUCGGGACAGAAGCAACGUACAACCACAGAUAUACAGACGGGUCCUAGUCACCAAAACGACUCACUGCACGAGGGUUCAACUCUAAUGAGCUCUCUCCCAUAUUCUGCUUUGCCAGUCGACCGUCAUCUUUCAGAGUCCUCAGACCAUCAACCGCCAUCGUACAGUACUCCUUAUUAUGGCCACGAACGUCCCCCAUCAAAUGGGACACCACUAGCUCAAUUACCCGGAACCCUAACAACCAAUCUCAAUGAUACUAUCACAGAUGAGAUGAUCUCUGGCUUAAUUACAACUGCAAACUCCUACCAAGCUAAUAUGGUCCUAGGCGGGUAUGAACAAGCAUCAAGUGUAGCUCAUUCUAUAAAUGAGUUUUCGGAUACUCCUUUGGUUCAAACUUCAAGCACGUCCAAUCGCUCUGCUUCCCCACUUGUAGGCCAAGGUCUCGAUCCUACUUUCAUCCCACAACAAUCAAAUGAAAUGGCACAGCCAAAGAAAGGACGACCUAAGAAGGAAGUCGCCCAACUGCAACGCGCAAUCGAAAAUGCACUUGUUACCGCCCAAGACAUUCCCGUCUCGAAAGAGGUUUACCGGCUCGCAGCGGUCUAUGAAGGGGUAGUCGGAAACCUUGUCCUUUCCGUUGAUAAAACCACGCUCCAUUUCUACGGCUUGGACCAGUAUCCACCACAACUUCCCCUCUUUGAGCUGCCAGUGCAGAGCGUGACUCAGAAUCCGAUUGCCUCGGCACAAGGCUCUUAUCCGAUGGAGCUUCUAAUCUCCUCUCGCGGAAAUACAGAGACUGGUGAAGUUGUCAGUCAUCGAUUUCAAUUCGCUUCGACUCCUCAGGGCUCAGAAGCCGCGAAAGACAUGCGUUCUAAACUGGUCCAAGCUCUUCUUGCCAUCAAAUUGAAAGCUGGGCUACCAGUGUUAGCAGCAGCUACUGUGGUAUCGGAAGAAGUUCUUAAGCCCUGGUCCUGCGAAACAUGUUCUAGGAGAUUCAAGAAUGAUAUAGGACUAAAAUACCAUGUCACAAAAUCUCAAACCACAUGCAAUCCAAAUUGGGAUCCAGCUACCAACCCAGCAAAGAAACGAGGCAAACCUGCACUAUCUGCGGCCGAAAAGGCUGCUAAAAAACGCCGAGAUUCUUUUUCGGGGGACGAAUCCUUUGAGUCUGAUGGUCCAGUUUCAAAGCCUCGAGGUCCAAGUAAGGAAAAGCGAUAUGUCAACUUGCCACGCGAGAAUGAGUUGUUGGAUGCCAUUGCAUUGGAAUAUGCCGAGGUCAUUCCGGUUUCUGGUGAUUCUGCUUUGAAUCUGACCAGUAUGGAUGACUUCCAGGACUUGGUGCUUGAUAUGGUUCGCAACAGUGGCGGUGUAUUCCCAGCGGAGAAGUCGGUAUGGAUUGCAGGCGUAGGUGCCUGGCUCAAGCACGGCAAGAAACCAGACACAUCGCUGCCAGAAUCUAAAUGUCUUCGGCAAGCCCUAGAGGAUCUGGUAUACGACAGAAAGCUUGUCAAAAUAUCAUUCAACUUCCGUGACAGCUUUAGCAGGGGGGUUAAACGUAACAUUCUUGCAGAACCUGAAUUUGAUCAGAAAUCACCACUAGUCAACCAACUAAGAGAUGCAAUCAAAGGAGCACACCCCAACUUUUAUGUCCCACCAGAAUACUGUGCGCCUGAUUCAGUCAUGGAACGAUUGCAAAUAGCAGCACGCCGCAUAGCUGGAAAUGUUCCUGAAAUUGAUUACGACAUUCUCAAUGAGCUUGAUGAGGAUUUGGACCUAGCCGCAAAACACUCGGCUGAUGAUGAUGAGUUUCGAGCUUUUGAAAUGGAACACGGUGAACGUAUCGAUUCUGACGAAUUUAUGAGUGAUGGAGAUAACACAGAAGAGACCAGUAGAAAACAGCAACGUCUCAUGGAAUUGAAAGUAAACAAAAGUCGAGCAUUGAAGAGAAAAUGGCACGCUAGCAAAUUGGCAGGCAGUAAGAUACUCUCAAAGGUUGGUGAUGGAAAAGGGAGUCCAAAACGCCGGAGAACGACUUACAAACCCCGAAAACCUUCAAAGAAGGACUCCACUUGGGAUGCUACUCUAGCUUUCCUUCCUGACCCUCAAACCGGAGCCUGGGGAUAUUCGCUCCAGCAACCCAAGAUCAAGGAAUUUCGUUUUAGGCCCCAAUAUCGUCGACCUGAACCGAUCACAUUCAUGCAGGCUCCUAAUGGAAGUUGGUCCGAGAGACCUUUUGGCCAUGGAGUCAAUCCAAGCUUUGCGAGGCCAAACCGCCUGGCACAGAAGGAUGAUGUUCAUGCUACAAAGGGUUAUUACCAGCAUCGAGUAGAUAAGGGAUUCCGACCGGUGGUGUUUCCUCCAAGCACAUCAGAAGAAUUCGUACCAGUGAGAAGAUCGUCUACAACACCAUCAUUUGACCUUGAACACUCUGUCGAACUAUCUUCUGAUACCACUCCACGCAACAGUCGAAAACGAGGCGCGACGGAAUCCGCCGAAGCGCUCUAUUACCGCGAGAAUGGGUUUCCAAAGCGGAUGUCUAGAGCUACGGGUCUUCCUGUACGCCGCUACAAACCCAGAUACUCAGGAGCUAGGCGCGGAUCAACUGCUUCCCUUGAUGAAGUUGAUGACCUUAGCUUUACUCCUCUACCACCAACCCAGUCAAAGCGAAACACCCGAAAUUCGGCAAGAGCAGCAGCAGCUGAAGGAUUUACUCCCCCCGCCUUGGAAGAACUUGAUCUUGACAUUGAUUUACUGCGACCUGAAAACCCUGGAUUGAGAUCGAUGCCUGCAAAGUUCGGCCUAGAUCGCUCAUUUGCUGAAACCGAACUACAAAAUAAUGCAGAUUAUGAUCCGAAUUACAGCGAGAUACAAUGGGUUGAGCCACAGGCCACCUUUGAAGAUUGUGAUUUCAAUGAAGGCUCAUGGGUCCAAAAGUUAGAAGACACCGCACCCCUUGUGAAUAACUGGAAAGUCAAAUGGCGAAAGACUUCUACUUUGGAUAUGGAGUCCAUUCCAUACGAAGACCUCCGAGACGAACCCGAGGGUUACAUAGGCAUACCCCAACGCGGAGGGGCCAAACCUCAAGGACCGAAUGGUACGCGGCUCACAAAGCCAUAUCAAAAGAAAGUACUUGAUCCAAGAUUCACAAAGAAGCGUAAAACGACAGCGAAGCCUUCUGAUUUCGAGGGUCUUAUCAAGGACAUUUCCGAAGUGCCCAAAAAGUUUGGGGUUGAGUGCGCGCCAAAGGAUCCGGUUUCUGGUAGACGUGAAGGUCGAAAUAUGGAUGCAAGAUUGCCCCCACGAAUCGAACGACGUCUUGUUUCUGCGAUCAUAGCCGUGAAAACAAUAACUGGUGGCAUUCAUAGCAAGAUUGACUGGAUUUUGCUCGUUCAACUUUUCCCCAUGUACUCCACGGCCUACUUGACUAGGUUUUGGAAGAACAUCUCUAUAGUGUACGUCGAUGCGAUUGAGGAAGCUACUGAGAAGUUCCGAGAGUUGUUCCCCGAGGCUUACCGAAAGGGCGAGGUUCCGCCAAUUGAUUACGAUCAUCUUCUCAAAUACGACUGGGAGGCUGUGAUUAACUGGGUACUUACCACGAUCAAGCCUGUUCUGAAAACUCACAACCUCUUCUUGCCUGGUACACUCGAGGAGGUCAACACUCAGAUUAAGAUUAUUCCGUCCAAGAAGCCAAUGACUGUAGAACGUGGUGGAUAUUUUGAUCUCAAUACUGCACUUUAUAGGCGUCUUAAAGUUGCGUCUUCUAAGCCGGGAGUGAUUUCUGUUGCCAAAUCAAAGAAGUUGACAGAAGAAGAAGAGGAUAACGAAGUUCUAUUCAUGCUUGCAAAAUCCUGGGUCCGAGCCGUCGCAACAACGCCAGACCGACACUGGGAUGCCACUGUUGCGGGUGAAAAGCUUAUCGAUCUUGGCAAUAAAUUGGUUGAUCAAGCUAUUGUUGCGUUGAAAGACGAGAAGAUCAUCAGGCACACGAAAAGAGGCCACGCAGCUCCAGGCCGAAAUUAUGAGGUCACAGAUUUCUUCAACAAGAAACUUCAACGUCACAUUCCACCUCAGCAAUUUCUUGAGGCCAUGGAGCACAAACGCUUCCUCGACGAGAAAUUCUUAGAAAAUCGGGAUCAAGCAAUUCGCAUUGAUUAUCUGGCCAACGAAGGAACACUAUUGUGCAUCUCCACGCUCCAAGCCCACGGUCAGAUUCGAACUAAGGAUGAGAAUAUCAAUUGUCACCACAUGAAGGGUCUGAAAGAGGAAGACUUUUACUCUACGGAACGGAUCCCGAAAUCAAGACUCAUCUUCCAAAUGGACAUCUAUUUCACGCCCCUUUAUACCCUCAACGAUUCCAUCCCGCUUCUCCAGAAAGCUAUAACCCGCGACCCCGUUAUGCGACCUCCCGCGGUCAAAGAAACAGGCGAGAUCCCUCUCUGGCGGGACAUCAACGACAAAACCAACACCGAGCUUUGGGCUCUGGUUCUCGUUGGAUUAUCACAGAUGAUUGCACUGCGAUCCGGGAUCGAUGUCAAGGGCCUGAAGAAGGCUUUCGAACCUCUACUUGAGGAAUGGGAGAUUCGGGAGUUUUUGGAGUGGGGUGUACGCAUGGGCAUUUUCAGAAAACUGCAUGAGCGUUUCGAGGGGUGGACUGUCAUUCCAGAGUGGUGGAUGAUAGUUGGGGCGAUGAUGGAGGGCAAGGUUACGACAACGAGGAAGGAGAAGCCCAAGUUCACUAGGAAGAAGAGAAAUGGCAAGGCAGUUGUGCAGGCGAAUGAGAUGGCGAAAGCCAAGCAUGAGAAGGCAAUCGCAAAGGACAGAGGGAAGGGGAAGGAGAAAGUUUAGACGGCAGGAGUUGAAUGUACAAAACGGGGUUUUGGGGGGGUGGAUUGUUUUGCUUUGAUUUGGUGGGCGUUGGGAAAAAGGGGAGGCGAAAUCUCGCUUGGGUGUACAUUACUUGCAAUGGGUGGUGUUCUCUGCUGCAUUCAUCUGGCGUUUACGGAUCUUGUUCCUUUGAGAUACCAGGACAGCUCAUAUCCUUUCUUUCGACCGAGGCGCUGGGUUUUAACCUGGUGGAGAAGCUUCUGUCGUCUUGUAAAAUAGGAUGGGGAAAAGAUGCGUAGAUAAUGUAGAGUAGUACAAUAG